AAACACAUUGUCGAUGUUUCACGAAGCUAAGUAUUACACAGCUAUGAUAAUGUUAGUUUAUAUCAGACUUUUUCGAAGAUUAGCUAGCUAGCAGGACCAGUGUGCGCAUGUGCAGUAAAACGGCUCAGUUCCGGGUUGUGAACUAUCUUGUCGCUCGGCUUCGUGUCUUCGGCAGCUCCCAGCCAGUCCUCUCAUGUUCACACUGGUACUACUGUGUAGCUGCACAUAAACACAGGCGGACACACAAUGCUCAGCUGGCUGGAGAGACGACAAGACCCGUAACUUCGUGUCAAUUUCAGCCCCAUUUUUGUCGUCAGCAUGCUGCCUUUUACUUCUUGAAUGUAUCUCAGCCACCACAGCCAAACAAUGAGGGGCAUCCUUAAGAGAAAGUUCGCAGAGGUAGAUGAAAAUCCCGGCUACUCCUCCUCCUCCCCCUCCCCUCCGUCCUCCCUCUCCUCCCCUGCCUCCUCCGAGUGGGAGUCCGACGGGGAGGGCAGCUCGUCCGAGAACCAAGAUUUCACACCUCACAGCCCUUCUUCACCCACCAGUUUGCCCAUCCAGUCCAUCCUCAAGAGGCCAAAGCUUGCAAGUGUGCAGAGCAACGUGCGCUUCGACCAGGUGACUGUGUUCAGCUUCCAGCGCUGCCAAGGCUUCACCAGCGUGCCCAGCCGUGGAGGUGCCACGCUGGGCAUGGUGAGGAGGCACAGCGCCCUCCACAGGUACACGGUGGCAGAGCAUGCGCUGGAACAACGGCACAGACGCAGAGAGAAGCUCAGAGAAAGGCUGAGAGAGGAACGGCUGGAGGCGCUGAAACACAAAUUGCUCAUCAGUGGGGCCAUCGACCAGCGAGAGGCGGACAGGCUCACUGUGGAUCAAGUCCCAGAUAGCGACGCUGACAUCCAUGUUGGUGACGCUGAGCUGGACGAUCGAGGUUUCCUGCAGCCGUUCUCCUCCAAACAGCGACAAGCUCUCCUGCAGGCAGCAGGGGUGAAGCACGUGGACAGGGAGGAGAAGAGGCAGCUUCACGACUUGAGACUCUCCAGAGAGGCCUGUGGAUGUGACUGUCAGGGCUUCUGUGAACCAGAGACCUGCGCAUGUAGUCUGGCAGGCAUCAAGUGCCAGGUGGACCGCUUCAACUUCCCAUGCGGCUGCACCAAGGACAGCUGUGGAAACACUCAGGGACGCAUCGAGUUCGACUCUAGGCGUGUUCAGACACAUUACAUCCACACGGUCAUGAGACUCGAACUGGAGAGGCGACUGCAAGAUGAAACGCUCAGCACGGAGGAGCAGACGGGACUUCCAGAGGAGCUUCAGGAGUAUGAGGAGCAGGAUGAGAUGCACCUGGAGCAGAGUGCACAGGACAAGAGCUGUCCAUUUGGGUUUACCUUGGAGGAGGACGGCCUUCCUGUCACCAUGCCCACCACUCCCUCAUUCCAUUUCAUCCCAGAGCGGUUGGUGGUCGAGGAGAACAGCUGCAGCAGCGACAUGACUGAAUCCUCCUGUUCCUCCUCUGACUCUGAGUCUGGAGGAUGCCUCAGCGGGAGUCCAAAUCUCCCUGAAGUUGAUGGAGGCUUGACCUGUGCUCUUAGUCUCUGUGAAAAUGAUAACUGCUCUUCUUCGUGCAGCCAGCUGAGGCACACAGAACCACUGACGCUUCACAGCAACAGCUCGGCAACUCACAGCACAACUACUGACAGUGUGGGACCACGUACAGCCAACACACUCACUGACAAUAUCAGCAGGACCUCAGUCACAGAUUACCUUGAUGAAAAUGCAAAUCAAGCCAGAGACAUCUUCGAAGAUGGCUCUCUUGAGGGCUUCCCCAACACCCCCUCCCCCACCGUGGACUAUUCUUUAGGCGGAUACAUGGACCUGAGUCUCUCCUCCGACUCCGACCUGGAGUUCUUCGACAGCGACUACCCGUCUGGACCACUGCACAGCUCUUUCAAAGGACACAGACACCCAGACAGUUUCCGCCACUUGCAGCUGUGCAGCUCUGUUAAUCUGCCACAGUACGAGUCGAGCACCCACCUCCUGGAGUCCCUGAUCGGCCUGACUGACCCGAGCACAGAGCAGAUAUCCAGCUUUUUAUAGCUGAUUUAAGGAAUCCUUGUGAUAUAAAGAGAAGCUGUGUGAGAGAAUACGAUGUAAAGAGCACUGCUUUUAUGUAUUUGUAAUAAUAAUUCAGUGUACAAUGAAUGAUUGAUAACAUAUUUUUGUCUAGCUGGAUAUUUUUUCUAUUGCCUAAAAAUGAUUUGCCUUUCUUUCAGAGAAACCACACUUGAGUAAUUAAUAUAUGUCUUGUUUUUUAUUUACUAAACCUAAACAAUGAUCUCUGACGUGCUAUUUAAUUCUUUUUUUCCUCAUGACAAUGUUUUAAUCUGAUGGAUGGAGGGUAUAAAAUGUCAUGUCGGUUUUAAAUGUCAUGUUAUCCAAAGUCAAGUAAAGGAAGAGCCAAUGCAGAGUUACCAUUUCUAGAGCAUAUUGUUGAAAGAUAUCAAUAAAAACACCUGUAUUCUGCUGGAAGGUAACGACAUGUAAGCAGGUUAAUCCACUUUAACUCCAGCCUCCAGGUUGUGAAGGAUUUAUAUUGACUGCCAGGUUCGCUGUGGAUUAUCUCUUAUGUGCUUAACAGUAUGUUUAGAAUAUCUCUGUGUUGGAGUAACAAAAUAAAACUUUUUUUAUUUAUUUAA